AUAUGUAUAUGUAUAUGUAGGACAGCAGGACCUAAUUCUAUUACUGAUAAAUUCUUAUAGAAGUUUUAACUUGGCGACCUCACCACUGAGUCUGCCACCCAGUGAGGACAUUUACACUUGGGAAUGAUGAUAACUUCACGUGAGGUCUGGACAGACGACGACCCAGUGCCCUGUACAAUAAUUCAGUGUGAAGGUGAGAGUACUACAAUACAUGCUAUGUCUAUGCGACAGGGCGGAAACCGGAACAUGACUAGUUGUAUUGUAUACAUGUGGAUACAGGACGCUGGCUUGUUUAUAUCCACUGUGUAAUCUUCAUAGGACACAUCUACAUCCUCAUAGCAGACGACAGCAGAUCAAACUUAUUGAGACGUGGUCGAUUUCAUCUCCUACAAUGUUGAUAAGAGUUAUCGCCACAAUAUCGCUCAUCGCUGCCGUACUUGUCAACUCCGGGUAUGGGCUGAUGUGUUACAAAUGCGACAACAGACGACAUCCCGACAUAUGUGACCGGAAGGCUCGCAAGCUUACAGUCGGACACGUGGAAAACAUUGAACGUUGUAACGGCACAUGCAAAAUUGCGGCAAUGAGAAAAAGAAUUCUAGGUCAUGUGAUCGAUGUGUACAUGCGGACUUGUGACCACGACUGGAAAAUCGCCGCCUGUAACCAGACGGAGAAUGCCAGUGUUUGUCAUUGCAAAGACCGCGACUUCUGUAACUAUCAGCUCAAAAAUAUUCCCUUCGACGACGAGGUGAGGGGUGCCGCAUUAACGUCAGUGGAAAAUUCCGCAGGCAAGCUGUUUGAUUAUCGAACAACGCUAAACGUUGUUUUGGGGUUUGCUAUCUAUAUUUUGUACAUCAUCACGUGAGGUGUUUAUGGACGAUUUGAUUGAACACCGUCUAAGCUAGUUAGAAUUCAAACCACACCAAGAUUCCUGUUGGAAAUGUGAAUGAUUUUGCUGCGACCGCCACCAUACCAAGAGAAGUCCGCCACUGAACCAGGUCUUUCUCACCAGACUUGAGGGACUUAGAUGUUACUUCGACAGACUUGUUAACAGUAACAUGGUCUCGUCCAAAAUGGCAGCAGGAACAAUCAUCACUCAAGUUCUUUAUAUAAACCUAGAUGAUGGUUAUAUGUUUAUCAGUUAUAGUGUUUUACUUGUAAGACAAAAUGAUCCAUAUUUCGCUAUAUGAAUGAUAUAUGUUCGUUGAAUGCAUUUAUUACUUCUCUUUCAAUAUAUUAGAUAAUUUGAAGUUGAUUACACACCUUCAUCGGUUUAUGUAGUUGUUAACGGUUCUUUUGGAAAACUUUUCUAUAGAUUUGAAAAGUAUCGAAUUUCUUUUCUAACAAUUUAUUCAAUAGAUUAUUUAUCAUACGUUAACAAAUUCACUUUUCUGCCUCCAGCCUUAUUGAUUGGAUUUCAUCUUGAUACAUAAAUAUUGGUAAUUCGGCGCAUUAUAUGUGAUAUUUUUGAUGUUUUUAUUUUAAAAUUCAUAUUAGUAAAUGCAAUACCUAUAGCACCAAAUUUACAUAUAAUAGUAUUGCAUAACACUAUUACAAUAUACUCGGAAGUCAAUGUUCUUACUACUGGACAGAUAUAUACAAAUUAUACACAACUUGUUCGUAAUACUAAGUAUGUGUGUUUGUGUGAAAAACCGUUUACUGAUUGUAUCACAAUAAAGAACCAGAUAGUCUAGAUAAUUUAAGCAUUGGAUCCAGUUAUCUUGUGGUUUAUGAGGUUAAUACCCCAUACACCUAAACACAACAGGAUUCAGCCCUUAAUUUAUAUUAAGUGUCAUUUUUAUAUUGUUUUGAUAAAUCAAAAUAUCAAACUUAAGCAGGUGUAAUUCCGUGGAAGAUUCUGAUGCUAGUGACGUCAUCACUAACUGUGCACAAACGCCAACUAGAAAGUUUAUGAAAAAAAUAAACCCCCUCUUUUGUGAGAUUAUUGUGUUUAAGUUCAGUAGAAUUGUAAAUAUUUCCUAAUAAUUACAGUAUUUACACAUCCUAAACAACCUGCUCGCGAUAUUAUGUUUUUGUUAUUUAGAUCAUUUACUGAUCAUUGCAGUAUAUAACAAACACUUUUACGCCGUACACAACCUGCUCGCGAUACUAUCUAUGUAUAUUGGUUCAUUACACUAAUGUACUAUAUGCAACUGUCGUGAGUUCUUUAGGUUUGAAUAACGAGAUACAGGUGGUGGUAUCCUAUCUUAUAAUAUCCAUUUUGCACAUGUCAUGUAUGAUCCAUGGCAAAUCCGUUCACUUGUCAUUUGAUAUUUCUUAUCUAAAUUUACCUACAAUUACCCGGACGAUAAUAUCAAUGCAAUGUGCUACAUUUCCUGUGCAUAUCAAUUGAAAUUUAUAACCUACAGAAUAAAAAAUAACUAUACCUGCGGCGCUUUAUUCUCUCUGUAUUUUAAUUGUAUGUUUACGUGUGAUCAUACAAUUUGUAGUUGCCUCGGUUUCAUUAGGAAAUAAAUACAAUAUUACCAAGGUCCGUGUUCAAGAAACUGUUUUCAUCAAACUCAUAUUCUGUGCUCAAGGCCAUUUUCUUGCUCCAGUAAAACAUUUAUAAUAUUUUUGUUAGUGAUUUUUAAGAAUUUUAGAGAGACUUCACACUUGUGUCGCAUGAUUUAAGCGAGUUACAAAAAAGGAUGGUUUGAACACAGAACCCAUGCUUAAACAUGAGAACAGUUUCAUGAAAACGGACCCAAACCUCCCGAGUCAGUUUGUAAUUGACACAAGCUAGGGCUUUGGAUUUUUUUGUAUUUAUUUGCAGUUAAAACAUAGACAUCUCUUGUGUGAUGGGAUGUGAGUGACAUCCUCUAUUUUAUUUGUGAGAUUAAUUUAUGUUUUUAUAUGGCAACAUAAUUAAACAAGAAUGUUUAGAUUAAUGUAUUUUUGAUGACAAAAAAAAAAUCGAUAUCCCAAUGAAAAUGAAAAUAUUUGUACAUAACCACGAAGGUCAUACCAUCUGAUCAAUGUUCAUAUAUUCGCAUCCUCGAUAUCCAGGGGUUACGCUCCCCUACGUUAGCUGACGUUAGGUAAGCGUAACCCCUGGAUAUCGAGGAUGAUGUAUUCGUAAUGUGAAAAUGACUCGUAAUAUGAUGAUAACUGUACCAAGGGAGCUAACCCGUAAUUGAUUAACAGUAUCAUUCGGAUACUUUACCGCAGCUAAGUUUACUGGUGCAUCUAACUCUGGUUUUUGUAAUAGUUUUAGAUUAAAUUUAAGAUUAUGUUUGUUCGUUAUUUUGUAAAUGUGGUGUACUCCAAUUUAGAUGAAAAUGUUCUGCUCAUCAAGUGUGUGAUAUCCGUGUUUGUAUAAUACAUGAUAUUAUAUAUUAUAUAAUAUCAUUUCGAGUUUUCUGUAAUAAUGGUCAGUGAUAACAUGGUUUUGUACAUUUUUAUAUGUCGUUCAAUUAUUAGCUACUAUUAAUGUUUUUCAUGGUUUUGUAUAUAAUGUCCGUCGUGUUUUGUUCGCGUUUUUCGUAUAAUAUCGUGUUUUGAUAUAAAAGAAAUAAUCGACUUAUGUGGAUUUUAUGUAGGAAUGAAUGAUAAGGAUGAGACAAAUUUUGGAAAAAAUGAAAAAAAAUCGAAUCCCGAGUAAGAUCUGCACCGUAGCAUACACAUGUAUGUUGAUUGUUUCUAUUCUAUGGAAAAUGUGUUUUCAUGUCUACCUCAGUGCCUAUACACCUUCAUAAUGCAAUAUAUUUACAUGUGCAUGGCAUUGUCACUAUAUAGGAUAUUUGAAAGCUGUGUCGUUGAUAAAUAAACACUGACGUCAUGCUUUAUCAAAAUGUUUAUUUCAAUCAAUCAAAAGCUUCAAUCUAUCGAUUUCAUUCAUCAACACAUGAAAUCAACACUCGACAGACUGACAGACCCAAUUCCAAGUUACUCUCAUGCUAAGUUCGGCCAAACAUUUUUACAUGACUUGACCUUGAACGGUGUUUUUGUUGAUCUAGAGAUUAAAUAGAAUCCUUUUUUUUUCGUUCCUCAAAUCUUCAAGUAUACGAGAAAAGACAUGCGUGUUUCCCUACAUGUUUGUUUACCCUUGCAAUGCAAUAUACAAUGGAGGCAUUUGGAAGAGAGUUGCACGGCAUUGUUUGGAAAAUAAUAUAUGAUUAUUAACCAAAUAAAAGUGUCUUCACAGCGAACGCAUGGUAGAAGUGUAGCUAUUUAAAUGAUCACAUGGUUUUUAAAUCAUGUUGUGUCAUUUGUACUUCAUUAAGUGUUCACAUGGUUUUGUAUAAAAUAUCAUGUGUCAUUUCUAGAUGUGUUUAAUAUCCGGAUUAAUAUUGCACUUCACACUGGUCAGUGUUAACAGGGAUACAUGUACCUGGUUCACGUAAAAUUUGUGAUUAAGCUAAAUUGAUUUGAUAUAUAUUGUUCCUAAACUGUGUAUCUCAAAUCUACUUACGUCUGUUCUCUCAUCAAAAAUUUGUUUUGCAAUAAAAUGUCAUGCA